UGUUUAUGAGCCCGAAGCUAGUGAGACGUUUAAAAGCGGCCGAGGGCCUGGAGUGCGGGCUGUUUCCCACGGUGCGAAGCGAGGAGACACCUACCGGCGGCCUUUCCGCAGGAGAUGCCGGGGGUGCAGCCGCCGCUCGGCCGGGGAGCUGGAGGGCGAGCCGGGCCCUCGGCCCCCGCGCUGAGUGACGAUGCCCCGGAAGCAUCACCUCGUCCAGGGACCAGGCCGGGCCGGUCUCAGCCGCGCAGGUCUGACCCCUCCCAUGUCCGUCCUCGGGUCCGACGCGCAGACUUUCCCAGGUUCUGUGAGCCGGGACCUCGUCUCUGGGCUCGGGGUUGGCCCGGGCUGGUCUCCAUCGCGCGCUCUGUGGUCUCGUCGCCGUCCUUCCAUUCCUACCUCCUCUCCACGACGAUCUCGUGACAUGGGGUGGAAGUGUUUUUCCAAAGGGAGAGCUCUUGAAACUAAAAGACCCGUCACAAGGCAGAAGUGGGUUUUGUGAUCAUUCAUUCUAUCCCAAGAUGAUGACAGAAUUCAAGAAAGCUGCAGCUCAGAGUCCUCAGGAGGCUGAGGGGCUUCCGAGAGUGAAGGUGGAGGAAGAUUUUGUCUGGGGGCAGGACGCUGGCUCAGGGAGAAGUGAUUUUCUCAAGCAGGAGCUGUGCCGGCAGCUGUUCAGGCAUUUCAGCUACCAUGACGCUCCUGGGCCCCGCCAGGCACUGCACCGGCUCCGUGAGCUCUGCGGGCUGUGGCUGCAGCCCGAGACGCACAGCAAGGAGCAGAUGCUGGAGCUGCUGGUGCUGGAGCAGCUUCUGAGCAUCCUGCCCGCGGAGCUGCAGGCCCUGGUGCGAGAGCAGCGCCCGCAGAGCGGGGAGGAGGUGGUGGCAGUGCUGGAAGCCGAGAGAGGCAGCGGCGAAGCAGUGCUCCAGGUUCCAGUCCCUGGACAUGGACAGGAAAUAUUCAGGAGGAAGGUUGCAUCUCCUGGACCAGCAUUUACUGACCAGCUCCCGCCAGUGGACACCAAGGACCUUCAGGCUUCUUCAGAACCCUCUCUCCCACUGAACUUGGGUCAUGAGAGUGAAAACAACGUGUCUCUGUCAAGUCUUGACGUUCAUGAAAACACAGGCUCACAGAGAAUUGUGUCAGGACGACCUCUGACAUUUGCAUCAGAGGAGUCUGCUCAGCCUUGGGACGUCUCCAGGUCUGCGGGCCAGGUAAAGCGGCAACAGGAAAACAGGCCUGGGGAGUCUCGGAGACCAUCGUCUGCUCAGGAUGGAGGUUUUAGCAAAAUCCUCACCCACAAAAAUAUACUUUCACGUGAAAUAAUAAGUCAGAAUGGAUGUGACAGAUGCAUAAACCUGAACCCAAAUGAAUUUACACACCAUAGAUCUUGUAAACACAGUACCUAUGACCAAAGUCUGCAGUGGAAUUCGGGUUUUAUUAUGCAUCAAAAAAUUUAUGUUGGAGAAAAAACUCCCCAACGUGGAAAAUCUCUCAAGCACUCAAACCUUAUUAAACAGACAGCAGUUUUCAGUGGAGAGAAAACCCAUCAAUGUAGUGAGUGUGGGAAAGCUUUCAGGCACAGCUCAAAGCUUACCAGACACCAGAAAACCCACACUGGAGAGAGACCCUAUGAGUGCAACGAGUGUGGCAAAGGCUUUGGCGGGAGAUCAGAUCUCAUUAGACACCAGAGAGUCCACUCUGGGGAGAGACCCUUUGAAUGCAAAGAAUGUGGAAGAGCCUUCAGCCUGAACUCACACCUCAUCCUGCAUCAGAGAAUCCACACCAGAGAGAAACCCUAUGUGUGCAGUGAAUGUGGGAAAACCUUCAGGGUGAGCUCACACCUCAUUCGACACCUGAGAGUCCACACUGGAGAGAAACCCUAUGCGUGCAGCGAGUGCGGGAGAGCCUUCAGUCAGAGCUCGCACCUCAGCCAACAUCGGAGAAUUCACAAGAGGGAAAGCCUAUUCAUGUGAGGGACUUAAGUUCACAGGGAAUGCUAAGGAAAUAGCAAAAUGCGGGAAACAUUGACGACAAAGUGAAUCCUGGUGGGGUGAGUGACUGACAGCCGGCGUCUCUCCUCCCUCUGUCCUCUAGUGUGCGGUCCUGCCUGUGGUCUGACCUCUCUGCUUUCUGAAAGGCUCGGCUGCCAAGCCAGACAUCGAGCAGAGUUGGGGGAGGCAAAUAAAUAGGUUAGCCCAGCGGUGGAGAGAGGGCAACAAAGGACCUUCUUAGAAAAUAACCCUGAUCACAGGGGGGGG